AAGUCGGAAUAUUCGCUGUUGUGGGAGGUCCCGUGGGGGGAGUUGCGGCUUGGGUUCAGCUUUCGGGCUCCCUCGUGGCGCGAGGGUCAGGCGAACGGCCCGCGGAGGUUCGUUUCUCAGACGACCACGGCGAAGCCUAGGCCACGAUGGACUUCCCCAGCCCGCUCCCGCCCUCUUUGUUUAUGACCGGCCCCCUUGGUCUGAGCGGUGUCCCUGAUGUUUCCUUCAUGUGCAGCUGGAGAGACGCACUGACGCUGCCGGAGCCCCAGCCCCGGGCCUCUGAGGACGGGGCGCCACGCGUGGCCAAGCGCCUGCUCUGGGAGCUGGACGCCCCCGGGCCGCUUCCCCUGCUGCCUCCUGGUCCCGAUCCCUGGGAUCCUGGCGUGACUGCCCGGGACCUGCUUUUCCGGGGAGGCUACAAGUUCCGGAGACAGCCCCGAGCCGUGCUGGAUGGCACUGAGCAGCUCAGCCGGUUCUUGUGGGACCAUGGGGACAUUGCCUUUGCACCCCUGGGGCAGCUGAUGCUGGAGAAUUUCAAACUGGAGGGAGCGCAGGGCCGCUCUAAGAAGACGACAGUGGUCAGUGUGAAGAGGCUCCUCGAGGACCUCGGUGGACACCAGCCCUGGGGCUGUCCCUGGGCUUACCUCAGCUACCGCCAGCGCCGGUUCUCCAUCCUCGGGGGCCCGAUCCUGAGCACGUCGGUGGCGAGUCUCCUGGGAGAGCUGCUGCACGAGGAGCUGGCCCUGCGGUGGCAGCAGCUGCUCCUGGAUGACACCUUCACCGGGGGCGCGCUGGCCUGGGUGCCCGGGAGGACGCCAGUGGCCGGGCAGCUGGUCUACCCCGCGGGAGGUGCCCUGGACAGGCUGUAUUUCCAGAAGGUCAGUCUGACCCCAGGCGGUGAGCCCCGGGUUCUCGGAGGCCCUGGCCACAUCCAGCUCCGGGGACCCGUCCGGCAGGUGGUGACCCGCACCGUGCAGGGAGAAGCUCUCCUGGCUGUCCGCUCUGACUACCACUGUGGCCUGUGGAAGGUCGGGAAGCAGGGCCAGCCGGCCCCGCUGCAGGUGCUGCAGGUCGAGAAGGGGGCCACAGGGAUCAGCCUCAGCCCUCACCUGCCCGGAGAGCUGGUCGUCUGCAGCCAUUCUGGAGCCGUCUGCCUGUGGACCCCCCAGGACGGGCUGCGGCAGAUCUACAAGGACCCCGAGACCCUCGCGUUCCAGGACCCCUCUCCCUGGCGCUGGGCAGACUUCACUGCCCACCCUCGAGUGCUGACUGUGGGUGAUCGCACGGGGGUGAAAGUGGUGGACACGCAGGGCCCACCGGGCUGCGGUCUGCUGCUUUUCCGCGGAGGGGCCGAAGCCUCGUGCCAGAAGGGGGAACGUGUGCUGCUCACCCAGUACCUAGGGGGGGUGAGUCCCGAGUCCCUGUAUGCCACACUACACCUCGUCUGCACCCAGUUCUCCCUCUACCUGGUGGAUGAGCGCCUCCCCCUGGUGCCCCUGCUCAAGUGGAACCACGGCCUGCCCUCCGCUCCCCUGCUGGCCCGGCUGCUGCCCCCACCCCGCCCCGGCUGCCCGCGGCCGCUGCUCCUGGCAGGCCAGGCCGGGGAGCUGCAGCUGCUGCAGCUGGCAGGAGAGGGGCCCUCCACAGCUCGGCUGGCCGGGCCCCCCCAGUCCCUCCCUUCCAGGAGCGACUCCCUCUCUGCCUUCCCCCUGCUGGAGCCCAGGAGGCAGAAGUGGCUGCAGGAGCGUCUGAAGGCGCCCACCAUAGGUCUGGCCGCCACCAUCCCGCCCUCUGCCCCCCCGUCGAUCCUGUCACUCUUCCAACUUUCAGCAGCGGGAGACGUCUUCUACCAGCACCUCCACCUCCAGGCAGACCCCGGGCCCGACUCCACUGCCUCCACAGCCUCCUGGACCCCCCAGGCCACUGCCCGCUGCAGGCGGUGGCUGGAGGCCCUGCUGGAGGUGCCCCCGGCUGCCCCUGUGUGGGCCGCACCCACCUUCUCCCACCGCCGCCUGCUGCGCUGCUUUGAGCGACAGCAGCUUGACAGGAAGCUGCCCGAGGGCCUGCGCGCGGCCAUGGCCCAGGGGCGGCUCCUGCGGCGGAGGGACCUGGGCCUGCCCCCCACUGAGGAGCGGCCCCCCGCCCCUGAGCCCGGCCCCGGGGACGAGCUCAGCGAGCGUCUGGAGGCAGCCUGGGAAGGCCGGGUGGCAGCCUGGUGGCAGAGACGGCAGGGCCCCAGCUCGGGGCCCGAGAAACAGCCCAAGCGGCCCAAGCGCCGGACUCAGCUGUCCAGCACCUUCUCCUCACUCAGCGGCCGCCUGGAUCUCUCGGAUGCCCCCAGCCCCCCUCCCAACCCAGACUGGACACCUGCUGAGGCUCGGCCUCAGCCCCCAGUGACCCCGCCCUCCCAGGACUUGACCCAGGAGCCAUGGGCCCACGGUGUCCCCUCGGAGCGGCAGCAGACCCUUCGCGACUACAUGGCUGAGCUGCCUCUCCGAGGGGACACCCCAGGGGGGGCCUCUGUCCCCUCCUCCCAGACCUCCAGCGUCCGGGCCACCCCCUCGAGGAAGCAGGCCCUCCGGGACUGCUCAGUCAGGCUGCCACUCCGAGGGGACACUCCCGGGGGUGCCACCGUGUCCUCCUCCCAGGCCUCCAGCAUCCGGGCCACUCCCCGACAGCUGGCAGCCGUCCCCUCCGGCUCUCAGCCACAGCGGAAGAAGCCCCGCAUGGGUUUCUGAGGCCGGACACGCCGCCCACCUGAGAGCCCCUCGCCCCAACCCGCUGUGCCUUUGGUGGUUGAAGCGGGAAAUGGAGAGCAGUCUCCAGGGUGCAGCGCCUCCUGCUUCCUGAAGGCCCUUGAGACCAUAGGUGGCAGAAGCGAGGAGGAGCCAUGUGGAAGGAAGGACGACAACCGGUCAUUUCCCCUGUAGCUCCCACUCCAGGCCGGCCUGAAGGUCAGCAGCGCCGGGACCCCCUCCCGCCACAGUGUCGGGCUGGAGAGCAGGGCCUCCGGCAGCCGAGGGCUCCGCUGCACGCGGCCACCGUGCCAUUGGGGUGCCCGUGCAGGCUCCUGCGUGGUGGGUGAUGGUGAAAGGAGCUGCCACAGAGCUGCUGGUGCUCCUGCGUGUGUGUGAGGAAGUUUCUGUCACGAUCUGAUGUUUUGUAGGGGAGGCACUUUGGACCCCGUUUAGGGGUUGAAUAAACUUGUUGGCUGA